AUGGCAGAUAAUGGAUUGACGACAACGCCGCCAGCAUCCGCGAAUUCUUGCUCGGAUGACCGAGCGGCCGAGGAGACCACAAAAUCUGCUCCAGAGAAAGCGUAUAUGCGGACUUAUGUUGCCUGCGCAAAUUGCCGUGCGAGAAAAGUCAAGUGUAUUAUUGGAGCGCGGCCGCCAUGUGCAAAAUGCCAACGGGAGCACCGAGAAUGUGUCUUCGAUGACCAGAAAAGGUCACAGAAACGAUCACAGAAACGGCGGAAGCCGCCAGUGUGGUCAGAUGUCGAAGCAACAUCAGGCCAGAGUCCAGAUGGGCUGCCGGAAGACGCUGGACCUCAAUCCAGAGGCGACGCGGCUAGCACAAAUCAAGAAUAUAAUCUUCCAUCAAAGGAUCCCAAAACAGUGGGAAUAGCACCAGUAGCGGCGCAAUAUGACGUUCCAAUCGGUAGACAGGCUACACAGCCUCUCACUGAUAAAGUCAUACGUGCUGUGGUAGCGAAGCCUGGUGAUGCUUUGAACCUACUCUUCGAUGCGAGUCAGCCUAUGGAGCAACAUUCAAACUUCAAUCGCAGAGAACAUGGUUUACAGAAUCCAGAAAGUAUCAACGAUGAUAUCAGCAUCCAACGUUUGGCAGAUCCAACAGGCUCGAGGAACAAUGUAUACCAGAACUUUGAACUCCCAGCAUCUACACCUGGGCUGACCCCCGCCGUGUCAACUCUGUCUUAUCCUACAGAUGAUGUUAUGGAUGUUUGGGACAAGUGUCGAUUUGUGCGACAAGGUUGGUUCACGUCUCAAGAGGCUGUGACGUAUAUUGAUCUAUUUUACCAGAACAUGGCACAUUGGUCACCAAUCCUGCCAGAUUUGUAUCAAUACCAUCACAAUCACCACCGGCUAAUUGUCGAAGAGCCUGUGCUCUGCACUACUAUCCUUAUGAUCUCUUCAAGAUACCAUGUACUUCCUGGCGUGGGUGGAAACUCGAGAGGUUACCACAUUCACCAUAGGUUAUGGCAUCACUGUGAGCAUUUGAUAAACCGCAUUGUUCUGGGCCAAGAAAAAUAUUCAACUGCAAAGACUAGAACGCUUGGAUCAAUCGAGGCUCUGCUCCUGAUCUCGGAGUGGCAUCCACGUGCAAUACUGUUUCCACCAGAAACCGAUGGAUGGGAUGCACAAUUGCUAUCUACAGAGAUCGAUGCUCGUCAUCGCUCAAUAGCCCAAGAUGAUUCCCCGCCUGUCCGAUGGCGAGAAGAUGUUUUUCUGCCUACAUCUAGGUCUGAAUCUAUGUCAUGGAUGUUGGCCAGUGCAGCCUUGAGCCUUGCAUACCAACUGGGGGUCUUUACAGAGGAUGGAACCUCGAUAUCUCAGUCGAAAAAUACCAACACAACCACUUCACAGCAUGCUCGGAUUCGAAAACUGCUUUACGUCUAUGUCAACCAAAUAUCAGCACGUCUCGGGUGCCCAUCGAUGCUACCUCAAAACAUAACCUACCUAGCAUCAGAAACAAUUGGACCUUUAUCAUCAACUGGCCCCGAGUAUCAUUGGGCUACAUUCAUGGAGUAUUGGAUGGACAUCACCAGGUUAAUGAAGACUGCCUUUGAUAUGUUUUUCCCAUCCGCGACUUUUACGAAACAGCUACUGUUGAGUGGACGCUAUGUUCCACUACUUCAGCAUUUUUCGCCAUCCCUCGACAAGUGGUGCGAGAAAUUCACUAAAUUUCCCAAUUUCUCUCAACCUUUUGAAGACAUUCUUUUCAUCGAAUAUCACUACACGAAAGCGUAUACAAACUCACUAGCAAUCCAGGCAGUUGUAGAACGGGCCAUAUCGCGGGGAGCCGACAGAUUCGGAGGCGAUGAUGACGACAUUCUUUCCCGCUCAAUGGAUCCUCAAGACUACCGAUUUAUCAACGAAGUAGUGACCAGCAGUCGCGAGAUUCUCCAGAAAGGCAUCGCACUGGUCCGAUCCGAAAGUCUCAAAUUCAUGCCCAUGCGAAUCCUGCUCCGCAUCACAUCUGCAUCACUCUUCCUGCUCAAAGCAAUCAGCAUUGGCGGCCCAAGUGUAGAUCUCCAGGUCUCCUUGAAGAUACUGGAUGAGAGUAAUGCCGCACUCAAAGCUACGCCUGUUGACGACAUGGACCUUGCAUCACGAUAUGCCACAUUGAUUGAGCGGCAUGUAACACGUUUUCGUCACAACUUUACCAGUUCGCGACAGCCGGAUCUUCCACAGGGGUUCUCUUCUGGAGUACAGGCUUUCGGAAUGAAUGCUUCUUCGUCGUUCACCGAGGGACAGAAUAUGCGUCGCAAUGAUGUGAGCGGGAUCGCGGAAUCUUCUACUCAAUUCGAUGAUCCGCUGUCAAUGGAUACGCAGAUGUUUGGAGGAUUCGAAGACUGGAGCUCUCAGCCUUUCGAUCCAUCACUGGCUCCAUUUUCAACGAAUGGAAAUCAGAUAUUUGUGGGCUUUGAUGCGGGCUCAUUGGACUUUUUGUGGAAUAUCCCAGAUUGGGAAGUUUAA